CUAAUGCUAAUGCUAACGCUAAUGCUAAUGCUAAUGCUAAAGCUAAAGCUAAAGCUAAUCAACAACACUACGUCCAUUAACCCACCGGAUUGUGUUCUGAUGUGGCGUCUGUUCUGUAUGUGCAGUAGAGACCGUGGCGAAUGGUGAGGAUAUAAUGCAGAGUUCCCAACAUUUCUUUCCAUGCACUGAAAGCUGCACAUUUAUGGCGUUUGUGAGUGGAGACUUCUGCCAGGCACAGCACCUGGUCAUUGUGGAUAAGUGAGAAGUGCCACAUGAAGAUAACACACACAUCUACUGUCCUACCUUGUGAGCUUUGGGUUUGAGGCUGUAUUUGCCCAAAGUUCACGCGUAUGAGUCGGUCUGAGACAACUGAGUUCCUGACAAGCAUUUUUACUUUUUACACCUUCUCCUCAGGCACCAAAUGUUCAUCCCUUUUCCUCCUGAAUGGGUUAAUUUAAUAAAACAAAUCUGAAAAAUAGCCCUUUUUUUUUUAGUUUUUUUUAUUGUGGAAAUUCAAGUGUUUUUUUUUUUUGUUUGUUUUUUUUUACAUUAGUAUUUAUUUUUAUUUUUCUAUAUGCGAAUAUAUCUAUUUAAAUUUGAGUUCUGACCCAAAGUCGUCGUGAUCACACUGUGAAAGUUAUUAUUCGUCUUUUUUUAUUAUUUGGUCACUCUAACGUUCACGUACGUGUCGAGAUGAAUCGUCCUGCUCCUGUCGAAAUCACCUACGAGUGUAUGAGGUUCCUGAUUACACACAAUCCCACCAACUCACAACUGCCCAAGUUUACUGAGGAGCUGAAGAGCUUCGGGGUUCAGACAGUGGUUCGGGUUUGUGAGGCCACUUAUGACAAAACACCUGUGGAAAAGGAAGGCAUUGAAGUUCUGGAUUGGCCUUUUGACGACGGCUGUUCUCCUUCAGAUCAAAUCGUGGACGACUGGUUAAAUCUCCUGAAAUGUAAAUUUAAAGAUGAACCACGCAGCUGCAUUGCAGUGCACUGUGUUGCAGGACUGGGACGAGCUCCCGUGUUGGUGGCCAUCGCUUUAAUCGAGUGUGGGAUGAUGUACGAGGACGCCGUUCAGUUCAUCCGACAGAAGCGCCGUGGAGCCUUCAACUCCAAACAGCUCAUGUACCUCGAGAAAUACAAACCUAAGAUGCGUUUGCGCUUUAAAGAUGCCAACGGGCAAAACUGCCGCAUUCAGUAGAACCACAAGGAUCAUGAGAUUGUUGUUGUUGUUAUUAUUAUUAUUAUUAUUAUUAUUAUUAUUAUUAUUAUUAUUGGAAAGCAAUGUUUUGCAGAUAGUUGAAUUUUUUUUUUGCUCUGUUAUGGUGCCAAGCACACGCAAGAUCAUUAGUGUCCAUAUUACCGGCGUAAGAGUUUUAAAGAAAAUAAACGUCAAGUCAUUUCUUAAGUAUUUAAGGACACACAGGAAAUACAGCACAAGGAAAAUGGGUGCGGUGUCCUGAGUGAGCAACUACAGACGAGUACAGAUCAUACCGAGUGUCCUUCAUGCUCCAUGUUAAACACAUAGCCUCAAAUUAGUGCACACACACACACACACACACACACAGAGGUUUAAUCCAUCAGAAAAGCCAAAUGUCCUUUAUAGGAAAUGUAGUUUUUAAUCAUGUUUUUUUUUUUAAAUGUCCAGAAUCAUUUCAUCGAUUUCUGUUGAUGCUUGUGACAUAAAAGCUGUAAUGUCAGUGAGGUCACACGAGCACAAAAAUACCUGUAGUGCGACAUACACAACUGUGAUAAACACACAAAGACUCCAGGUUACACCUCCAGGACAGAUAUGUGUGAAAGUAAUGGAUCAUUCCCUGGAUUAUCUCUUGCUGCUGACUUCUAGAGAUAACACAAUAAAAUAAAGGUGUAAAUGAUU